UUGGGAACAACAGCAACUCCGGCUCCAACUUCCACUAUUGGAUCUUCCUCUACCUUAGCUCAAACAUCCACAGCAACCACAAGUGCAUCCAUGCAGAGUUCUUCUAUUUCUUCGACGGCUCAGACAUCGACUCAACCCAGCCUAACUACAUCGGGUUGCCCACCUGUUAUCUGUGAAGGAGAUAUUGCCGUGAGUUACGAGCUUCUGAAAACAUCUAGUCCUAAGUACGUCUACAACUUGAGAGCUAAUGGAAGAAAGAGUGCGAUGAUCAUCUUGGGUGACCUAACUUCUGAAAUUGACAGCGCAGUCGACUCAGUGAAUACUUUGAAAACAGCUGGUUUUUCAAUUUUCACCAUUUCUGAUUCACCUGAUUUCGCUAAGCUUGCAACUAACAGUAGCUACUACUUUCCGUUUGUUCAAGAUCCAACUGGUAUCGCCCAAACGAUAGCCGACAGUUUCUGCACCCCCAAUCCAUGCUACUCAACGACUUCGCAAAUGACGACCAGCAGUCAAACAACUACUGAAACUUUAGCAGUUCCAUCUCCAUCCACCACAGUCCAAACAUCAACUGCCGGCACGACACCAACUACAGCUCAAACUUCUACUUUGGGAACAACAGCAACUACAGGACAAACUUCUACUUUGGGAACAACAGCAACUACGGCUCAAACUUCCACGAUAGGAACAUCACCAACUACAGUUCAAACUUCCACUAUGGGAUCGUCUUCUACCUUAGUCCAGACAUCUACAAUAGGCUCCACUUUGACUUCCACUAGUCCGAGUUUGAUGAGUACAACGCCAUGUGUUGUGGUAACAACAUCAACUUUAGCUAGUACCACUGCUACCAUGCCGAGCCCUACGUCGGAUCCAGUUUGUCCUGGAGGCGCGUGUGUCUAUAAUGGUGACAUAUCUAUUCUUUAUGAACAAACAAGUCUUGAGAAACAAGACGAGAUAACAAGCUAUGUAGCAGCAAUAGCAUCCUCGUUGUACUUCAGUAUUGGUGGCGCUACAAGAAUAACUGUUAUACCUUACCCAUUCAGUGUUUCUUAUUAUCCUCCUCCAGAUUGGACAGCUGUAAAAACACUCGCCGGAUUGAAUAGCACACUUGAAAUAUAUGAAUUGAGUUGGGAUGACUCAGCUACCGACCCAGACAUGUCAAGUGCAAUGAACUAUCUCUACCAAAAUUUAACUCAAACUAGUCGCCCACUUAGAACUGCAACUAUUAUAGGUUACAACAACCAGGACGUGGGUACAGACGUUACCACUCAAGCUAAGAAAAGCUUGACUGACUCUGGUUAUAAAAUAUACACUAUUUCUCUGGAUGGCCAAGGAGGUUUAUCAAGUUUAGCAAGCGAAAGGAACUUCGAUGCAACGAGUUUGGAUCAAGUUAAAACAGCUGCAGAUCAAAUCGCUCUUUCUGGAAUUCCAUCAGCAUGUUGUCCUACUCUAACAUCCAUCACCGCGUUCAGACCCGAAACGUCACAAUAUUCUUCAAAAUCUGCCUUCGGCAACAAACAAAGCAUGGAGUAUUGUAAAUCUAUCUGUAAUCUAAUCCAAUAA